UUUCCGGACUGGAAGGAAGGAGAGGCGGCUGCCGGGCACCAGGGGGACUCAGAGGCAGAUCGAGCGGAGGGCUGAGCGAGCAGGAAUGGCGGUGCCUGACGAGAGCUCGGCCGUGAUGGUAACGGUCACGUACGGCAAUGAAAAACAUAAUCUUCAGGUUGAUUCUCAAGAAGAUAGUCAACCAACAGUACAUGAUUUGGCUCUAUUAACUGAGCAAGUAACUGGAGUUCCAAUUUCUUUUCAGAAACUGAUAUAUAAGGGAAAGUCACUGAAAGAAAUGGGACAACCGUUGUCAACGCUCGGAGUGAAAAAUGGUUGUAAAGUCAUGCUGAUUGGAAAAAGGAACAGUCCUGAGGAAGAGACUGAAUUAAAGAAAUUAAAAGUUUUGGAGAAAUCAGUGGAACAGCUAGCUAAAAAAAUAGAUGAAGUAAAUAAAGAACUUAGAGAGAUUCAGAAAGGUUUUCUUGCAAAGAAUAAUCAAACUGAAGCUCUUAGUCAGUUGGAUAAGCGGAUAAAGGGAACCGCUGAGCAGUUUAUGAAAAUUCUGGAACAAAUAGAUGCUAUUAUUCUACCAGACAACUUUAAUGAUAGUAAACAGAAAAAGAAAGGGCUUGUGAAAAAAGUUCAGGCUUUUCUUGCACAGUGUGAUACAGUGGAAGGAAGUAUUGGUCAAGAAAUGGAUAAACUACACUCAAAGAAUAUGGUCCUUGCAGAAUGAAGCACUUUUAAGUAACUAGGAUAAAUAAUUGCUCUGUGAGCAGGAAGAAGAGUUUGCUCUUGAUUCUGGAGCAGCUGUUCAAGUGUUCAUAAUUUUAUUUUUAGCAGAGUUCAGUGAGCGUGUUGCAUGUUAGCUAUAGCUUAUUCAUCAAUAUGUAUUCUGGUUGUGUUUAAGGGUAGUCUUUACAAAAAAACCCCCCCUCUAAUCUCCAUUUUGUUCAUUUUUUUCUUUGCUAUAGACCAGUAUAUCUUUGUAUGAACAUUAAUGUUUCAGCUAUUGUAGUUUCAGCAUUUUUAUUCAUUCUAUCUUUUAAUAACUAUUUUUAUGGAUGUUGUACAAUCAAAUCAAAUAUCUUUUAUCAUUGUCACGGAAAAUAAAAUUCAUCUGUAACACAUUAAGAUGAAUUUCCAACCACGUUAUACUGAACAUAUAACUUCCUUAUGUUAGAUCAUCAGAGUAAGUGCCCUAUUGCAAUCUGCAGUUAAUAGUGAGUCAGUCCUGCAGCCAUGAGUUUGGCUACAAUGUUAAGCAUACCAUUCAUAGAACAUAUCUAGAUACCUAGGGAAUAGGACUGAGAAAAAGAGGAGAGUAUUAUAGGAGUAUGCUAGGAGAGUAUUAUAGGAGUCUCUGUAGAGGGCACAGUGAAAUGGGAUGUGAGCUAAUGUCUCCACAGUAGUUUUUUUAUGAUGCAUUACUUCCAGGAAGAUCAAUAACAGCAAAAAUAAAUAAUAUGUGUAGCUCAGGCUGACAUACUGUGUUAUUUUUAGAUUGCAGGAGAUUUGGGUAGUGAAGUUUGUUGGCUGUCAAGAGUUAUAUACAUCAUGUCAGUUAUAUACAUGCUUGGGUGGGAUAGAUAAACAGGGCUUUCAGACCCAAAUUGUCAUCUGAGGUCAUAGUGCAAAAGGCUUGAAUGAGUCAAAAAUAAAGAAAAGGAAGAACAUUCCAAUAUGCCAUUAAAUAUAUUAUAUGCUAAGCUUCAUAUUGAUGAAGCAGGCCUGAACAACUAUACAAGGAUUCUGAACUCAAAGAAUUCAAUGAACAACAUAAAAAGAUAUUAAGUAAGCCUAUAACUUAUCAGGCAACAGAAAAGCAAUAAAUCAAAUUAAGCUUGGGAAGGCGGAGGCUCAGAUGGGCUCAUAGCUCAAUAAUAUAAAGAACUGGAGGAUGAACUAUUAUAACUGUUGACAAAACAAUGAGUGAAAUUAGAGACAAAGGCAAUAUCAUAAAGGUGGGAAGAAGCAAUUUGGAUAUAUAGGGAACAACUCAGAGAUACAGUCACUACAGUCAUAAUAGACCAAUCUCCUUAUUGAAUGUUGAUUACAAAAUUUUUACUACAAUAUUAGCUGCAUGUUUAAAGAAGUAUGUGCCAGAUAUAAUACAUAUGGACCAAACAGUAUAUUCCCAAGGAUAACAGUAGAUGUAUAAAAAUGCAAUAGUAUAAAUCAGUAACAAGAAGAAAUAAGUAAUAAUUUUUCUAGAUGAAGAAAAAGCAUUUGACAAUAUGGAAUGGCUAUUUCUAUUUGCAGUACAGUAGUCCUCACUGAAUGAUCAUUACGGUGCUGAACGAAGGGACUUAUGACCUGUACCUGAAGUUACGGUGAUCUGGGCCCUUGGCAUUUGGUUCACCCUUACAACCAAGCCAAGUGUCCUGCAAUCAUGUGAUUACCAUUUGCAAUCUUCCCUGCUGCCUGCCAGGAAAGCCAAUGAGAAAGCUGGCAGGGAAGGUCACAAGCCAUUGCUGCCUGCUGAGA